GAUUCAGGUACGGUCGGAUCCUAUAUAUAUAUAUAUUGACCUAACGAGGUCGCUUACCUUUUCUCAGGGGUCGCGGCGGAGGUAUUGGAUUUCAUGGCGGAGGAGGAUUUGGUGACCAUGGCCCUCCCAAUGGGUUUGGUGGUCCGCCGGGUGGACAGAAUGGUCCCGGUGGGUAUGGAGGACCUGGGGGAGGACCAGGCGGUUAUGGAGGGCCUCCCGGAGGAGGACACGGAGGAGGGCCUGGUGGGUAUGGGCCCCCGGGCGGCGGCUAUGCGGGAGGUGGGUUUCGUGGUGACUUCAAGCGUAAAGACCUUGGAGGAUACGACGAUCGUGAAACGAAACGGCCGCGAUAUUAGGAGGUUCCUUGCGUUCAUCUGGAGUAGGGGAUGUCGCAGUUAUGGGGAAAUAAUCUUGCAGGUGCUCACUGUGGGCAUGCAGGUGACGCCUGUCUUCUUUCUCUCUUUGUCUUCGAUGUCUUUGGUGCCUGGCGCCUGUUUGCGUAAGUAUCGUCGAUCUGUAUCACGCACGCAGAGCUCUCGUGUUCUAUCUGGUCGUUCGUAAUCGCAUUGGUACCGGUGGGCCAGAUAGGUGCAAGCGCUGCGUUGGCGCUGAUGAGAAGGACACUGCCGGAUUAUAACAAGCCCAUCAAGAGCUCGGCGCAAAUCUAGGCGGCCGAUGUUCUGGCUGCCGGACUCGAUCAAACAGACG